AACACGGAAGUAGCGCUGACAGCUCGGAAACCAAAAGUUAAGGGCCUUCAUGUGAGGCACGUAAUUCAUCCCUGAUGCUUUCACACACGUAACAAGUCAAAACAAACAGGAACCACAGAUCAUAAAUUUCGCUGUAGAUGGAUUUCUCUUGGUUUCGCGUUGCUGUGGCGCUUUGCUUUGCGGUUUUAUCCGUCGCUGUGGCUGUCGUCGGACCGAGUCCAGCCAUGCCGUCCCCUCUGCCCGCUGCCGUCGGGCUGUGCUCCCUGGCCGGGGUGGCGCUCGUAUGGAGGGACAUCAGCUCCAAGAUGAAGGGUGGGAACCGGACGCUGAGCGGUCUGCUCGGCCAGUACGUGGCGGUGAAGGCCGUGGGCUGGUUGGGGCGACGGCAGAGGAGGAAACUCGAAGCCGAUACCCUCGAUGUGAAACGAGUCCAGGAGGAGACUCUGCUGAAGCGGCUCCGAAAAACAGCAAAUACCUGCUAUGGGAGAGAGUACGACUUCAGCUCGAUUAAAAACAGCGACGGCUUCCGGGCUCGUCACCCCGUCACCACGUACGAGCAUUACCGAGAGCUCAUCCGACGCAUCGCUGUCGGGGAAGAGAAGGUGAUUAUCGCAGAGAGGCCGCUCAUUCUGGCUAUGACCUCUGGGACGUCAGGAGCCAGCGCCAUGCUGCUCAGCACCAAGGACACCAACUCUGAGUUCUUCCUGCAGGGAGUGGCUGUGUGUUUAGAUGCCAUGCGUCAGGCAUUCCCUGCCACCGACAGCCUCCAGCGCACCACCAAGUUCUUCUACGCUCCUACUUUCCGCCAGUCUGAGGCCGGCAUUCCCAUCGGACCAAACUCCUCCACGCCAGCCUCCUCCCGGCACAUGCUCAACCUGUACACAACUCCAGCACCUGCCUUUGAGGUUCCCAGUGAGAAGGACACCCUGUACCUGCACCUUUUAUUUGCACUGAAAGACCAAAGUGUAGGAACUCUGGAGUCCAACUUUGCCUCCACAGUGUUUUACGCUUUCAGUGCUUUACAGGAGCGCUGGCAGGAGCUUGUGGAGGACAUCGAACGAGGGAAAGUCAGCAGUGCCCUCUCUCUGGAGCCCAAAGCGAGAGCCAAGCUGGAGGCUUUAAUGAAGCCGGACCCGGAGAGGGCCGCCCAGCUCCGGGCCCAUUUCCAGGACGGCUUCAGGGGGAUCGCCAAGCGCCUGUGGCCUCACCUGCACCUGGUGCUGGCGGUGGACUCGGGCUCCAAUCAGAUCUACGGUGAAAUGUUGCGGGAGAGCUACUGCAAAGGAGUGCCUUUCUACUCGCCCUUCUACGCUGCGACUGAAGGUCUUAUUGGGGUGAACCUGUGGCCUCAGGAGCCAAACAGACACUACCUGCUGUGUCCUCGCUCGAUGUUUUGCGAGUUCCUGCCGGAGAGCAGCCUGGAGGAGGAGACGCCUCGCACUCUGCUGAUGGAGGAGGUGAAGGAGGGAGACAGCUACGAGCUUGUUAUCACAAACGCUUCGGGACUUUUCAGGUAUCGCGUUGGAGACGUUGUGAAGGUGGUUGGAUUCCACAACCAGUGUCCCAUCGUGGAGUUUCAGUACAGACGAGGUCAGAUGCUGAACGUUCGAGGGGAGAAAAUAUCUGAGGCGUUGUUUCUGGGUUCUUUGAAGAAAGCUGUCGCUCAGUGGCCGGGAGCUCAGCUGGUCGACUACUGCUGCGCCGAGAGCGGCAUCUUGGGAGAUAUGACAGGCGGCUCAGACCCUCAUUACCAGGUGUUUGUGGAGCUGAAAGGCGUGAGGAAACUAACCGAGGAACAACGAUACAAGCUGGACGUGUGUCUCCAGCAGGACUCGGCCGUCUACAAGUCCUUCCGCAUCAAAGGCAGCAUCGGGCCGAUGAGGGUGCAGCUGGUGGCGGAGGGAGCGUUCAAGGAACUGCGCAAGCAGAUGAUGGCCUUCUCCAACACCUCGCCCAACACUUUCAAAAUGCACCGCGUGCUGCGCAGGAGAGAAUACGCCGACUUCCUUCUGGGAAAAACUGUCUCCUGAAACGGGACUAAAAGCUCAGAGACUCUGGUUAGUGGUGGAUGAAGGACGUGUCUCUGGUUUGACCAGCUACUCCAGAGUGAAUAGUGCCUUCAUGGACUUAUGACAGUUAAAAAAAAACAAAAAAAAAAUUCAUCUUUUUAAAUUCUCUGCCUUAUUUAUAUAAUUAUGUAAAAAAUAUAUAAAAAUAAUAAAAAAAGUAUCAUCUGGAUACAAGGACUUUAAAAUAAAAUCAUAUUGUACCAAACUAAGUGAGAGGUGUGGAUGGAUGUUACCGGGGUUUUGUUUUGCUGCCUUCUUACUAUGAGGAAAAAACCACAUUACAUAUGCAGUACACCGAUCAGCCACAACAUUAAAACCACCAUCUUGUGACAAUUCAGUGUUUUUUUUCUGGGAAACUUUUAAACCUUCUGGUCCUAAAGAGGCUCAUUCAUGCUUGUAAAACACGAUAAUGUGCUGUUGCCGAAUGUUGUACUUAUUUCAAGUGCAUUUAUCUCUGAAGACUAAAGCAGCAUUUGGCCGUGCAACCCGAUAAAAAAAAAAAAAA